UCGAUAAAGUUUGCUUGACAGCUGUACGACGAAGACACGUAUUACCUUGUUUAAUUUUGUACGCUUUAUUUUUCUUUCACGCAGAAAAUGAAAAUAAAUUGUUGGAAAAUAAGAAAGAUAAAUAUAUACUCGAUAUAAGAAAUAAUCAAUUUAAUUAUCAAAGUUACAAUAAACACUCGAUUUGGAAGUCCACAGCUGGUGCGUGAGUUGCGAAAGUGCAAAGAACAACGAAUGUACAUAUUUGCAUAUGUAUAUAUAUGCGUAAGCGUAGAUUGAUGAAUGUUCAACAUUCAUUGUUGUGAAUUUUAUUGACAACACACCAAAUUAGAAAGGAAAGCAACAGAGAAGAGUUGUUAGGACGAAACGCCCAUAGCCCCAUUCGUAGAUUAUGAGAUGCCAACACGACGUCGUCAUUACCAACCAGAUACUACAAAAUUCGAUGCAGGAUCGUAUGUGGAGACCACACCACUAGUUGCACCUCAAGGUCAACAGCAACAACAACAACAACAGUACAAAAAUCCGCUAUUUGGCGGAGCUGUUGCUCCAACAAUCAGUGGUAAGGAUUCAUUCGGUGGGAGUGGUGUACUGGAGUCAACCAUUUUGAUUGGCGACUACGCGCAGCCAAACACCAACGGUCAACAAUAUAACUUUAACAAUAAUAAUAAUUCGGCCGUAGAUCCAGACGAUAAGUACACCAAAGCAAGUAGACAGUGGAAUCUACGCUCGAUAUCCACACGUUUACAGGCCAGUUCUGGCCAAGCUAUACGCAACUUUAUACAACAACCAUUAAGUGCUGCGGCCGCCGUUGUAACUGGGAAUCAUCAUCCGCAAGACUAUAGCGGCUAUAAUCAAAUCAGUCCAUACGAAAACACACCACAAAACGUUCAAGAAAUAGAAGAGGAAGAUUUAUUAUUCGAAAAAGAAGAAAUUUUCAUUAUGGCAUCACGAGAUCGAACGGGAGAGUUUAACAAUGCGAUACGUUCGCUGCAGUCUCGUAAUAUAACACGCGCUGUUAAUAUACGCGAUCCGCGCAAGGCGAAAGAGGUGCAAAGUUACUCGGAAUUUAUGAUGGUCGCAAAAUAUAUUGGCAAAAACAUAGCAAGUGCAUAUGCCAAGUUGGAAAAAUUGACAAUGCUGGCCAAAAAGAAGAGUCUUUUUGAUGAUCGACCGCAAGAAAUUCAAGAAUUGACUUAUAUCAUUAAAGGCGAUCUAAACGCGCUCAACCAACAAAUUGCUCGUCUUCAAGAAAUUUCGAAAGAUCAGCGUCGUACCAGCUCGGGAAAACACUUGCAAUUACAUUCCUCGAACAUGGUGUAUGCGUUACAAUCUAAAUUAGCCAGCAUGGGCACCGACUUUAAGCAGAUACUAGAAGUGCGUACAGAAAAUCUCAAACAACAAAAGGCGCGUCGGGAUCAAUUCGGGCAGUCACCAAUCGCUGCUAGCACUGUUCGCUCGAGUACAGCGAAACAGGGCUCCUUGCUGUUAAGCGAUGAGAAUACGGCCGUAAGCAUUGACAUGGCCGCAAGUGAUACAACACCAUUGCUAGGUGCAGUUGGAGGUAGUGGAAUACAGACGCAGCAGCAGAUUGCAUUAUAUGAUGACUCCGAUAGUUACGUGCAACAGCGGGCUGAGACCAUGCAGAACAUUGAAUCUACUAUUGUCGAGCUAGGCGGUAUAUUUCAACAAUUAGCACAUAUGGUUAAGGAGCAAGAGGAGACUGUGGAGCGUAUCGAUACAAACAUACAAGAUGCCGAAUUGAACAUAGAAUCGGCGCAUGGGGAAAUAUUAAAGUACUUCCAAAGUGUUUCGAAGAAUCGCUGGCUGAUGAUAAAAAUAUUCGCAGUACUGAUAUUCUUUUUCAUAUUCUUCGUAGUUUUCCUUACAUAAUAACAAAUAUGUUUGUAACACGGAGAGUUUUUAACAAAGUUCGGAGGCGCGGUCUUUAAGUUGUGGGUUUUUAAAAACAGAAAUAUAUAAUAUCCUAUUCAUAUACAUACAUAUAUAUCACACUAAUAUAAUAAUGAAAUUAACACCCCUAUUGCGAGUGUCAAAUAGUAGUAAGCGACUUUUAGUCGAUUAUCGAUUAUCCGCGGUAUUUUCAAAGUCGUUUUUUCGUUCAAUAUGUGCGUGUGAAUAGUUUAUAGUCGCUCAUCCUUCUACAAACAAAAAGUUAUGGAAAAAUGAGCGAUAAAAAACUUCACAGUCGCUUAUUGAACGAGAAAUCGACAUGCACAAUACCAUGGAAAAGCGAUAAUCGAAUAAGAGUCGUCUAUCUACUACUAGUUGACACUGACAAUAGCGGUCUAAGUCUUUUAUGCCACGUGAAAAACGAAAGCUUUUAGAAGCAGUCACGUAGGGUAAUUCUGCCAGUAAUAAAAUAUUAGUUUCACUUUUUUUUCAAAAUUUUCAUUAAAAAGAAGAAUUAUCCUUUGUAAUAAAACGAGAACCGAUUUAUGUAAUCAUAAAUAUAUAAAAAGUUUAAAAGUAAAUAAAAUAGAAAUUGUUAUUGGCGAUAAGUA